UUCCUCCCUGGGUGAUAAAUAAGUUUCUUGGAGCCCAGGUGGUGCCUAAUGUGCUGCUCACAGCUUGGCUCUAGCAGGAUUGCUUGCUUUUCUUACUUGCCUUAGUGCACAGAAAGGUUUCUCUCUCUCUUGCAGAGCUUGGGUGUGGUGGUGAGAAAAUUCUCUGGACUGAGCUGCUGAUUCCAGGUGUGUCCCUCAAACCUUGUCACUGCAGUUGCAACUUCAUUGCUUGGAAAAAAUCAGCUGGUGCAAUCAAGGCACUGUAUAGAAGAGCAUGGAGAAAUUCAGAACAAUUUUGCUUUUGUGCCUUGGCUUCCUUCUAGUCCAUGUAAGAGGUCAAGGUGAUUUUGAUUUAGCUGAUGCCCUUGAUCACCCUGAUGACAUAAUUACCAGGAGGCCUACAGUGAUCAGAAGACCAACAAGACCUGUGUACAACAAUGACCUACAUUUAGGAGAUGCUCUUGGUGGGGGUGACAUCUCAAGAAAACCUUUAUACCCACCUCUUCCACCACGCCCAGGAACUUAUGGUGGUAAUUCUGGAGGAUUUGAUGACUCGGAUCUCCUUGAUGGAAAGCCUUUACCACCAGGAGGCGAGGAGCAUCAUUUCAAUCAUGGAGGAAACACAGAUUCAGGUUUAAUAGCUGGAGUUACAUCUCCUGUAAUUUCAGCUUUUGUAAUACUGGUUGUUGGAUCAAUAGCAGCCUACACUGCUUACAAGAACAAGAAACUUUGCUUCAAACCACGUGGUAAGGCCCAAACAGUUUUCCACUGAUUUAGUGCUGAAGUAGAUGGGAAUUUGGCAGGCAAUUGUCUCUGCCACCACAGAGGUGCCUGAUAGUUGUAGCUCUGUGUGUGGAAACCAGCCUGGGUGGCCAGAUCAGCCUCAGAAAAGCUGGCAAAGAACACCCACAGUGGAAAUACUGAAUGUUCCGUUUUUGUUUUUCAGGUGGGGCUACAGUGUAAACCAUUGAAAGAAGAGUUGCUGUCUGACCACAGGCUCCUUUGGUUGGUGACGUUCUACAUUGCCAUUCUGACAGAAGAAAAUCUUCCUCUAUCGAACGUUUUCCUGAGACAUUGCGAUCUUUCUCUAACCUGAUGUCACUUUUGCACCUUGAGCUUUAUGUCAUCAAAGACAUGCUUCAAACAUCCAGGGAUUGUACUGCACUCUCUGACCUGCAUCCAUAACGGCUGGAUUUUCACUCAGAAGUUAUCUUAAGUACAAAGAAAUCAAGUUUGAUAUAAGCUAAAAAUGGAAAGAAUUGGGUUUGUGAGGACUCCAGUCACCAAAUAAAAUCUUUUCGUGUUUUCAAAAUUAGCCAGAAAACUUAUUUGUUCUAAUAGAAUUGGGAUAAGGAGUUUGCCAUUUCCUUUCACACUUGUUGGGUUUCUCCAUUAUAUUUCUGUAAUGUUUACUAUAUUUAAAGAAAAUUUGUAGUUGUCAAAAGGAUUAAAAAUUUGAAUGCCUUUACUUUGUAUUUAUGUCUGAAUACUAGCAAAGUGAAAGGAAUUAUAGCUAGACAAUUCAUUUUUAAUUUUAUAAUAUACUGAAAAGAUUAUGUAUAUUGACAAACCACAGCUUAAAAUACAAUAGAGGGGAACACAUGCUAAUUUUAUUUAUUUAUUUAUUUAAUUGAUAAAUUACUGAAACGGUAUUUAGCUCUUCUCAGGAACUAGAAUUUCACUUUAGUUUCAUUUAUCUUCUUGAAAACUUAGCCCUGCUCUAGGAACCCUUGUAGGCAUUAAUCUAGCAAGAUGUUUUUGUUGGGUUUUUUUUUACGAAUUAUUCGUAACUUUUGAAAAGGGAAAAUGGGUACAAAGCUUCUUCUGAUUAAUUUAGAAUGAGUUUGUGAUGCUUCAGUCUCUAAAAUCUAAGUCACAAUGACAUUUAAACUUCAUGCUUUGUGGAGAUAUGGUAGACAUAGUUUUUCUAGCUAGACUGUUUAAUGUCUUUCCCUCAUUCCUGACUGACCUUGCUGUGCUAACAAUGUCCUCAUGUAGACAAACCUACCACAAAACUUUUCCUGUCUCUCUGCCUUCAUUUAGCUGACUGGAUUAAAAAAAAAUACAGCAAUAGAAUGAAAUACAGAUGAAAAACCAGCAGUUUACUGACAUAAUUCUGCAAUACAGCCAUUUUAGUUAACUUCUUAAAACAUGAGGAAAUUAGUGUGGUUUUAUCUUAAUUUUAUAUGCAAAACAUGGUGUUUGUUACCACAAUUCCAUUUAUAUGGAGGUGAAUAUGAUUUUGUGUUUGUUACACAGAGAGGAAAAGAUAUGCUAAAAAAAGAAUUUUUACAUAAAAUAAAAUACUAUUUAUCUAAGUUAUAUUUUAAAUGAAUAUAUAUUAAUUGCUUGCUUAGAUUACCACUUUUUAUUUUUUUGAUCCUGAGAGAAAUAAUAAUGUACAUCAGUUUAAACACAGAAACAUCCUGACAUCAUGCAGUCAAAUGAACACCUUUGUGGAUAUCACUCUCAACUUAUGAAUGAGAAAAUAAUUUUAAUAUGGUUUUCAAGGACAUUUACUAUUCCCUUUAAAAUAUUAGUUUCCAUGUUAAUGUUUAAAACAGAUUGAUAUAUAUUUUGUCAGACAUAAAUAUUUGAUUAAUGAAAUGACAAGUGUUUUGCUGUUACAACUUCAGUUUGUUCAACCAUGAAAAUAUAUAUUUUCCUUCUUUCUCUUCAAAAUUUUCAAUAAAUACCUACCGUGUUUUAUCUAAGAUACCAAAGAAGUUUUAGUUGUUUUCUUUGCUACUUUCUGGGACAUAUGAGGAUUGAUAUCUUCUACAUGUAAAUUCAACUAUUUCUUACUAGGGAAAAGAAGGAAAUGCUUCAAAUGAAAGAAAAAUUACCUUUUUAGAAGGAAAAAAACUCAAAAUAAC